AGUUUGUUUAUUUAGAUUCGCUUCUCAUUUUUCGUUCCUUUCUCCCUCUGUGCCCUGUGUGAUCUCUAGCGUAUACAGUGAAGAGAAGAAAACACACAAAAAACCUGAAAUACGAAACGAAAACUAACAAAACUCUUAAGCGAAAGUGACUCGGAUACAAUUGCAGAAAUUUAGCCUCCUGAAUAUACUCGCUUACCUCUUCCACACAUGCAGAGAAAGGUGAUCCCGUAAAGACGGCAUAAUAGUGUUUGCAUGUAAUCACGAGGUGUCUCCGUUUGUGGUGACAACGCCGCUUUUACGACCCCAAGGCAGAGAAUAGCGAGGGAAGAAGUGUGGACCCUGAAGUACCCUACCCCAGCGACCCCUCUCUUCCACGCCGGGGGAAGAAAUAUUAGCAGAGUGAUGCAGAAGACAAGCGAGUAUGCACCGCGCGCUUCAGAAAGAUGAGGAAGACGAUGACACUGGCCGAGAAGGAAGGAGGACUGGAGACACUUCCCUCGCAUAUUCGGCUGGAAAUGUGGUAGGAGAGUGACGGGCUGCGGGCACUUCCGAUGGCCUUCACGGUCUGUAGAUGACGGACGGAAAGUUCCAACGCUGUGGAUUGUUUGUGAAAAGUGCCACGCCAUGUUGGGGGGCACAGAGGCGUAAAAGGGAAGGAAUUUUGUGUCAAUGUGAGCCGAUGAGCGGAGAACACACCAGCACACAAGAUGAGGAACCCACUCCAUCCUGCGACCAUAGCCACCAAAGGGAACAAGAGAUCUCCGAGACGCCUUCACAUCCACCCACCACCGCCUCUUUAUCCUCCAACUUUAUCCCCCUCCUCAUCAUCUCCAAUUAUUCCCACGCUUUGUUCUCCAGCUUCUCCUCCUCCUCCUCUCGCUCCUCCUCUCCCUCCUUCUCAUUCCCAAACGAAGCAGGACACGGAAGCGCUGAAUGAGAGCCAUGAGACAUCAAUACCACGAGCACAGCAGCCAAUAACAAGGGCGGGGAGAGGAGAUUCGGCAGGCAUUCAGAGCUCACUUCCAUCCUCUCCAGCUGUACAGUCAUCCUCGUCCGCUGAGAGGGAUGAAGGUCGGGUGUUGGGCUCCUCCGCCGCCCAAACCACAGCCCCUUUAACAUCUACGAGGCUCUGGGGGCUUACGGUGAUGGUGUUAGUGCUGAUGGUGCUGAUGGAAGGAACACUCGCCCAGGAUUCCAUUAUAAGGCUUAGACAAGGGAAUGUUCAAGGGGUAAUUAGAGAAACAAACGAGCGGCAGGUGUACGCUUACCUGGGCAUACCUUACGCCAAGCCUCCCGUAGACCAGCUUAGAUUCCAGCCGCCGAUCCGUCACGAGGGCUGGACCACGACGCUCUUCGCCAACGAGUUCGGGGCGGUGUGUCCUCAGCCCUUCCUGACGGGGAUGCACACCUCCGAGGACUGCCUUACCAUCAACGUGUGGAUUCCCGAGUUGCCGCGGGGCUUCCGUCAGUACCCGGUGGUGGUGCUGAUGGAGGGAGAGCUCUUCGUCACCUCGGCGCCUUCAAGGUUCCCCGGGCAGGACCUUGCGGCCGUUGACCUGAUCGUCGUGUCCUUCAACUACCGCACCAACGCCUUCGGCUUCCUGAGCUGGGAGGACCGAGUGUUGCCGGGGAACCUUGGGCUGCGGGACCAGUCGUUGGCGCUGCAGUGGGUGGCGGAGAACGUGGACAAGUUCGGCGGUGACCUGACGAAGGUGACGCUGCUGGGGCACUCCGCAGGGGCCGCCUCCGCCGCCUACCACCUCGUCCACCCACGCAGCCAAGGACCCUUCCAGCAGAUGAUCUUGAUGUCGGGGACGCACCUGGCACCGUGGGCACUCAGCAGACAGCCUCGCGUCGCCGCUCGGAGACUCUCUAAGCAACUGGGAUGCGGUUACGUGUCCGGAUCCUCGUAUCUUCUGGGCUGCAUCAGGAAGAAGAACGCCGACCAGAUUGUACAGGCAGUGGAGAGUCUGUUCGAGGAUGGCAACCCCCACCUCCUCUUCGCGCCCGUCGUAGACACCUUCCUGCCCCCCGAGGAGCGGAUGGUGCCUCUACAGCCUCUGAGUGCCAUCCGCGAAAGUGCCAACAGGAGAAUCCCUCUUCUGUUGGGCCUCUCAGAAGACGACGGCUCCGUUAUGCUGUACCUCAAGAGGGAGAUCAACAACAUGGGGUACGACGACCUCCGCCGCUACGCCCAUGAGAUCCUGGUGCCGCUGGUGACGACGCUGGCCGGCUUUGGCACGAACGCGGAGGUGGUGAAGCGGAUGGUGGAGUACGCCUACCCGGACAAGGCGCUGCCCGGCGAUACCUUCAACCUGGUCCUCGAGAUCGUCAAGCUCUUCACGGCCGGGAUGUUCAAUGCGCCGGUGGUGAGGACGGCCGAGGAGGCGUCACGUAGGGGCCUCAACACCCACCUCUUCGUCAACACCUUCGUCAGCAGAGACAUCUACCGCUCCAACACUAACAUCUCGGGGGCCCUGCACGGCGCCGAGCUGGCCUACCUCUUCUCCCCCGCAGCCUACAGGAAGCUCUUUAACCUGCCGCUCACCUACAACGAGGAACAGUUGAGCCGCAGACUGAAGCAGAUGGUGUACAACUUCGCCAUCAGCGGGCUGCCCUACAUGGCCCAGUACUCGCCGCGCUGGGGACGCUUUACGCCGGAGUCCCCCACGUACGCCUCCCUCGAGUCUGGUCAGGUGCACUCGGCCUACCAGAUGCACCAGAUGACCCUCUGGAACCGACUGUUGCCCGAGUUGAAUGUAUUAGACCAAAGCAGUUCGGGCGGCACCACGCUCUCCACCGCCAACCCGAGCACCGGCGACCCCACGACGGAGCAGCAGAUCAUACGUCCCGGGGAUGGCGCCUCCUACCAGUCGGCGGUGUGGGUGCUGGUGGGCGUGGUGCUCGUCCUCCUCGGCGUCAUAGUUGCCUACAUCGUCUGCUCUCGGCGGCGCAAAAGGCUCAACUCCGGCACACUGCAGAGUCAAUGACAUAGGGAGACGGGGAGCGGCGAGCGGGCUGUCUACCGACGGACCCCCGGCACCGUCAGCAGCCGAGGGGGCAGCGGGCGGUCACGCCCCACCACCAUCUCCGGCGAGAUGGAGUCGCCGGAGGAGAUGGUGGAGCGGCUUCCGUCCCACAGGUUUACUCACUUCGGUUCGAUGAGGUUCGAGAGGAGAGAACCCGAUGGUUUUGAUGCGACUGACGACCUGCCGUCCAGCAUUCCGACCUUCGUGUCGCGGACCAACCCACUACUGCAGCUGUCGUCUUUGGCGGGGGAGAGGGCGUCCGCUGACCUGCGGGACGGGCCUGACUUCAGCUCUGGGCGGCGGGUCAAGCUGUCCAACUUCCCCAAGGACCAUUACUGGUUCAGGUCACAGAAAGACCGUGAGGACUCAGUGAUGGAGACGCGAGCGGAAACCAUCUAUGAUGACCGCGAUCAGGAGUCUGAUGGCGAUGAUGCCGAGCGAGAGCGACGCACCAGCGAGAUCAGAGUAGUCUUCGCCCGGACCGACGAAGCGUCUUACUCCUGAGACCCGCCGACGUUCUCCAAGCUAACUCAAAGCUUCGGGAGGCAGGUACCGCUGCUUCCUACAGGCUUUGAUCCAAGCAGUCAGUGCCACAUCGAACCUCAAGUAAACUUUCCAUGACAGCCACGAUGAAUCUCCCUUGAAGAGCGGCCGGAGAUACCGAGGCUGCUUCAGGGAGCUCAUUUGCUGCUUCUCGUCAAUAUGAACAUGAUGGUGUUGAAGUGAAGGAGUAAUUUUUUUAAUUAGUGACUUUUUUUGUAAAAAAAUAAAGCUAAGAUAUUUUAGGUAGGGGAUCUAUUUUUGUAUGUGUGUGGAGGAUGACGGUCAUGACAAACUUUCAAGAGCUGCCUUGUAUAGAUAGACCUCCUGACUUCUUCAAGACUUUAUAUUUUCGUGUUUUUGUUUUGUUUGUGUGUGUCGUGACUUAUAAUGUGGCGCAGCAUCAUGUAUAAUAUUGCAAUAUAAUUUCUAUAGCGGUGCUGUAGAAGGUGAGGUUUCUUCACGUGCUAAACGAAUGAACGCAGCCACAGUGAUCAGAGCCGCCCAGCACCUGGGAGGGAGACCCGCUGGCAGGUGUGCUCCCAGUGUGGCUGGCAAGGACUGAUAUCUCAACAUGUCGCAAAUCAUAGUGAGUGUGUGGCGGUCUCUUCUGAAGACGGAAUAAAAAUAAGAUUAAUCCACUGCCAUAUUUUCCUCCGUGAGAUUUAAGUCGUUGGAGUCAGGUUUAAACAUUAGAAUAGUCUGAAGCUCAUUGCAAAGCCCCUGAUGAGAUGAUACUUACUUCAGAAACUGAGACGUGAGAUUCUGCCCAGACUGUAAAGGUUUGCAUGUAGUUCUGUGUUGCUGUAAAGUGUGAGUUUAAUUAAGUGUAGCUAAGCUCUAAGUGCAGCUAAAUAAACUUAUUUAAGAACUUGUAAGACAUUCCUAACGCUUCUCAAUACAAAUAAAUAAAAAUAAAUGUGACUAUAUGCUGAAAUGAAAGAAAUAAGUAAAUAUAAUGAACAAAGUUAGAUUAACAGGGCCAUACCCAGGGGGGGAGGUCGACCCCUGGAAAACUGGAAAAUUUUGGUUUCCUUUUUGUUUAUAUAUCUAUUUGUCUAUAUAUAGCUCAAUAAACAGCAGGAA